GAAAUAGUUGAAAUUUUCAGAAAUCGUCUUGUGUCAAUCCUGCUUACAUGAUUCCUAAGCCUGGUCUUGUUUGGCUCCGAGAAAAUUCAAUUCGAAGGAGACGAAGAAGCUCCAAGCAUAUAGACGAAGCUAAUCUACGCAUCGUCCAGCUCUUAUCGUGCACCUAAAUCUCAGUUGUUCUCCAAGUUGCUUCUUCUUUCUCAAGUACUUGGCUCGAUCAAUUUCAAUUUUCAAAACCCGAUUGGGGAUUUUGGCGUGCUUGGAUCUUCAUCAAUUGGUGUGAGAAUCCGUCUCCGUUCGUUAUCCAUCGAUCGGUUUUGUAUAAUUUACUGUUUUAUUUCCGGUUGAUUCGGUUUUGGUUUUGGUUUCAAAUGAUCAAUGGAGAGGAGGAAUCAUCGAGAGUUGAUUCGCCAGGUUCGUCGUUACAUUACUCGUCUUGUGGUGAAUCAGAGUUUGAGCGGUAUUGUAGUGCGAAUUCGGCUUUGGGAACGCCGAGUAUGUGUAGCUCUACUGGACCGUUUCAGGAUUCCGAAUUUGAGAAUUUUAGCUUGGGACCAAGUCUAGUUAAGCUCUCUUCUUUGGAUAUGUCACGAUUAGGUGAUCGAGGUAUCCAUUUCUUCGAUGAGGGCGGCUCUUGUAAUGGUAGAAGUAGUAGUGCGCCCGGGUUAAACACCGGGAAUGUGAACAUCGAUAUGUGUGGUGAUUUGAUGGAUGGUGGAGCUACAAUUGAAAAAGAUAGUGGUAUAGAUAGAGAAGAUGGAAGUUCCAUAGAUGAUGAUGAACAUUCUGAUGGUGAUGACUCGCUUAGUGAUUCAGGUGAUCAUUCUCGUAAUUAUGUUUCACGGAAUUUACAGUUUCAAAAGGAGGCUAAAGAUGAGAACGAUAAUCCAUUUCUCAUCAAUUCUUCCACUGCCUUUGGUACAAAUGAUUGGGAUGAGUUUGAGCUUGAAGCCACUGAACUUGUUGACACUCAAUUUGACUUCAGCGGGUUUGAGAAGCGUGAUAAAGGGUGUACUGAAAGUGAAGGGACAUCCACAGAUUUAUUCUCUGUAGCUUUACAAAAGCUUCCAGAUGUAGUUCAAGCAGAAAAAGGGGAAGAACAUGAAAAUGUAACUGUGAGCACUAGACAUGCUCCAGAUGUAGGUGACUUCAGUGCAAAUAUUGAAGAUAUUAGAUCUAGAGAUUUUGGUGACCUGAGCGCUGAAGUUAAAACCUUGGUGGUUCGUCAAUCACUGGUAACAGAUGAGCCUCUUCGGGGCAGUUGUCUUGGCAACAGUCAAACUGAAGAUAGACCUGUAGUCAUGAAUAACCUUCAAUCUUGUAGCGCUGAUGAUGUCCUAGAUAUUACACCAACUGAGUUAGGUAUUGAAGAUUCUUCAGGUGGGGUUUGCGACCUUGAUGACGAUGUUUCUUCUGGACUACUUCAUGAAUCAUCUGAGGAUGGAAAACAGUCAAAUCCAUUUGGGGAAUGCACCUCAGAACCGUUGUUGGCAUCUCAGAACUCUGAUAUGCCAUCAUCUAGAGAUUCUCAUCCUGUAACAAAUGCCUCAAAAGUCACUUACACACAACCUAAGAAGGAGAACACUGAGCUAAAUGACUUCUAUGAUGAUUUUGUUCAUGAUAUGGAAGAAAUACUGCUCGACUCUGGUGAAUCAUCUGGGGUAAGGUUUUCUAAGAAUGACAAGAUGUUCCAACUACAGCUCUCUCUGCCUAACAGGGAUGGGGGGCAAACUGCUACAACGUCUGGUCUAGAUGAUUCAUCUCCAACAGUUUCCCAGCGAUUUAGGAUUGAUAGGGUUGAAGUUGUCGGUGUAAAGCAAAAAAAAGGUGAUGUUUCGCUGAGUGAAAGAUUGGUUGGGGUGAAGGAAUACACAGUGUAUGUCAUAAGGGUUUGGAGUGGGAAAGACAAGUGGGAAAUUGAAAGAAGAUAUCGUGAUUUUUAUAGUCUCUACCGUCGUUUGACAUCUUUAUUUGCUGAUCAAGGCUGGACGCUUCCUACACCUUGGACCUCUGUAGAAAGAGAAUCCAGGAAAAUAUUUGGAACAUCGCCCAAUGCUGUUGCUGAAAGGACUGUCCUGAUUCAAGAUUGUUUAAAUUCAGUUCUCCAGUCCCGUUUUUUUCCCACACUUCCAAAUGCGUUACUUAGGUUUUUAUCCCCUCAAGAUGCAUAUGCUAAUUCUUCGGGGUUGGAUUCUAUAGUAUCUCCAACAGGCUCUGCUGCCAUCGAUGCUGCUACAACCAGUUCUUCGUAUGGAAAUACCAUCUCGUUCAUUGUUGAUAUUCGACCUCACAAAUCAGUAAAGCAGUUGCUAGAGGCUCAGCAUUACAUUUGCGCUGGAUGCCACAGAUACUUUGAUGAUGGAGCCACUCUUGUGCGAGACUUUGUGAAAGCUCUUGGAUGGGGUAAGCCUCGGCUUUGCGAAUAUACUGGUCAUUUGUUUUGUUCUUCCUGCCAUACAAAUGACAUGGCAGUACUGCCAGCAACAGUGUUACAUCAUUGGGAUUUUAAUCGUUAUCCAGUUUCUCAAUUGGCAAAAUCAUAUCUAGACUCCAUACACGAGCAGCCUAUGCUUUGUGUCAGUGCGGUCAACCCUUUUUUGUCCUCAAAAGUCCCUGCACUCAACCAUAUUAUGAGCAUCCGGAAAAGAAUAACCAUUAUGCUUCCAUAUGUACGCUGCCCAUUCCAAAAGACACUCUACAAAGGACUCAGUUCUCGCAGAUACCUUCUUGAGAGCUCUGAAUUUUUUGCUUUGAGAGAUCUAAUUGAUCUCUCCAAAGGGCCAUUUGCAGCACUUCCUGCAAUCGUGGAGACCGUUAGGAGGAAAAUCCUGGAGCAUAUUACAGAACAGUGCCUUGUUUGUUGCGAUGUGGGGGUUCCCUGUAAUGCCCGACAAGCUUGUGACGACACAUCCUCUUUAAUAUUUCCAUUUCAGGAGAAAGACGAGGUUAGCAAAUGCCGGUUAUGCGGUUCAGUUUUCCACAAGAAAUGCUUAUCAAGACUCUCAAACUGCCAUUGCGGAGCACAACUAAAGCCGAACAAGAACCCUGGAGAGCUGCAAGUAUCGGAAAAGAAAUCAGAUUCUACAUCUGUCUUGCCUCUAAGAUUCCUCUCAAGUUUAUUUGGAAAGACAAAACAAGACAAAGAAACCACUAUUCUUAUGGGUUCACUUCCAACAAACGAUCUAUAAAUAUGAUUCUUUAUGUAUGUGUAUAAACUUACCUUCUGUAAUGUAGAGCUCGAAGCUUGUUUAAACAUAGCUUCUUUUACCUUUUUCUUGUUGAAAGAUAAUAAAAUACGGGUCUAGUGAAAUUAUUUUACUUC